GGUCCCCACCAAGGCGCCAGCGGCCUCGGCGCGGUCGCUUGAGCGCUUGAGAGCAGAGAGCCGGCCUCCCCAAUCCAAACUCGCAGGAGCGCUCGCGUGGGAGUUUGUACCAGCGAGUGGAGCGCAGUCGCCCGGAGGACCACAAGGAGGAGGCGUCUGGAUCAUGGUCGCUCUCGGCUGAGUUUACGGCUGCGACUUUGAUUAUUGGCAAAUAAUCGCAGUAACAAUACCGAGCCCUCGGGCUGGCCACCGCCACAUUCAGUCUCUGCAAGCCCGCACACGACCGCGCCGCCCACCCCUGGACACUGAUCGUCAGCCCCAAACGAGCCGAUGGAAAAAUCCAAAAAUUUCCGCAUCGACGCCCUGCUGGCGGUGGAUCCCCCGCGAGCCGCUUCCACUCAAAGCGCGCCGCUGGCCUUGGUCACUUCGCUCGCGGCCACAGCAUCUGGCCCCGGUCGAGGCGGCAGCGGUGGCGGGGGGACCAGUAGCGGGGCAAGCCGCAGCUGCAGCCCAGUGUCCUCGGAGGCCACUGCAGCGCCGGGAGACCGCCUGCGAGCUGAGAGCCCGUCACCCCCGCGCUUGCUGGCUGCGCACUGCGCUCUGCUGCCCAAGCCGGGAUUCCUGGGCGCCGGAGGAGGCGGCGGCGCGGCGGGUGGGCCGGGCACUCCCCACCACCACGCGCACCCGGGUGCCGCCGCCGCCGCUGCUGCCGCCGCCGCUGCUGCCGCUGCCGGCGGCCUGGCACUGGGGCUGCACCCGGGGGGCGCGCAGGGCGGAGCUGGCCUCCCAGCACAAGCGGCUCUUUACGGUCACCCGGUCUACGGUUACUCGGCGGCGGCGGCAGCGGCUGCGCUGGCGGGCCAGCACCCUGCGCUUUCCUACUCCUACCCUCAGGUGCAGGGCGCGCACCCCGCUCACCCUGCCGACCCCAUCAAGCUGGGUGCCGGCACCUUCCAGCUGGACCAGUGGCUGCGCGCGUCCACCGCGGGCAUGAUCCUGCCCAAGAUGCCGGACUUCAGCUCCCAGGCGCAGUCGAACCUCUUGGGGAAGUGCCGAAGGCCCCGGACCGCCUUCACCAGCCAGCAGCUGUUGGAGCUGGAACACCAGUUCAAGCUCAACAAGUACCUGUCGAGGCCCAAGCGUUUUGAAGUGGCCACCUCGCUCAUGCUCACAGAGACCCAGGUGAAGAUUUGGUUCCAGAACCGCCGAAUGAAAUGGAAACGCAGCAAAAAGGCCAAAGAACAGGCUGCGCAGGAGGCCGAGAAGCAAAAGGGUGGCGGCGGGGGCGCCGGCAAAGGUUGCGCUGAGGAGAAGGCCGAGGAAGAGCUGCUGGGGCCGCCGGUGUCCGGGGACAAGGCCAGCGGCCGUCGCCUGCGGGACUUGCGAGACAGUGACCUGGAUGAGGACGAGGAUGAGGAUGAGGACGACCACUUCCCCUACAGCAAUGGCGCGGGUGCCCACGCUGCCUCGUCUGACUGCUCAUCCGAGGACGACUCGCCUCCCCCAAGGCCGGGCGGCCCGGGGCACCAACCUCCGCCCCAGUAGUUGCCUCAAGCUCGGCAGCAGGGACGCGCACGAUGGCCACCCGGUUGUGGGUUUCCAACCCCAUCCUGUGGCCUGCAGCCAGUCUGGCAGCCUGUCCCCGGACCAUGCAUCCAGGUGCGGGCUGGGGUGGGGGGUCCUAUUUGGGCCCUCGAAGAAGAGAGAGAGAGAGAGAGAGAGAGAGAGAGAGAGAGAGAGAGAGAGAGAGAGAGAGAAGCUCCAAGGUGAACUUUCGUUCUUUUAAAUUUAAUUUCGGGUUGUGUUGGCCGGAGGUGUUUGUGAGAAGAACUGACCCCUUCUAGGAGUGGCUUCUGCUUGCCUCUUCCCUCAUCGGAGAAGGGAAAACUACAGUGUUAAGUGACCUAGAAACUUGAAACCUCCUUUGGAGACACCAUUCUGCUGAGAACUGAAAACAGAAAAAAAGGUUUUAUGCCUAUGUAUGGGGGGUGGAUGUUAUGAGCAUUCAGACUGCUGAAAAAUCUCAGAAUGGUAGUGUAUUUUUGUAUAUUGUAUUUAUAUAUAAAGAAAGAAACGUCUACUUAUGCAUGCUAAAUUAUUAUUUAGCUUCCCCGUUCCCCAGGGUGGAGAUGGAAUGUAAAAUAAAUUGGUUUUGUACUGGA